GGCCCUUCCGCUCCACCGCCUGCCUUUCCGGACCUCUGCUGCUCAGGAUGAGCAGCAAAGACGACCCGAGCAAGUGUUGUCCCGCAGCAGCUCCGCUCUCCAGUUUUACGAUCCAGUCCAUCUUAGGCAGCGGCAGCACCUCGGAAGGAGGCCGGGAGGCCGCUCCCAAGCAGGCAGCCUCCGCCUGGCAGAGCAGGAAGAGGAGUCUGUCGGUGUCCUCCGAGGAAGAGGAGCCUGAGGAGAGCUGGAAACACCCCGCUUGCUUCUGUCCCGGUUCGCACGGCCCCAAAGAAACGUGCCACAAACACCAGCCUAUCAGUUUCACGUGUCUCAGCAACCCGAAGGGCAGCGGUGGGGCGAUUGGCUCGGAGAGGGGCCCCCCUUUUCUCUCUCAGUCCCAGCAAGACCUGAAGGAAGAGAAAGAGAAGCAUUUCCCUCCGAACUCUCCGGCGGCUGCGGCGUCGGGGGACCGGCAACGGGACGGGGCGGACCGCCAGGCGGGCUCGGCCAAGAAGAAGACGCGCACGGUCUUCUCCCGCUCGCAGGUCUACCAGCUGGAGUCCACCUUCGACAUGAAGCGCUACCUGAGCAGCUCCGAGAGGGCCUGCCUGGCCUCCAGCUUGCAGCUGACGGAGACCCAGGUGAAAACCUGGUUCCAGAACCGCAGGAACAAAUGGAAGCGGCAGCUCUCGGCCGAGCUGGAGGCGGCCAACAUGGCCCACGCCUCGGCCCAGACUUUGGUGGGCAUGCCCCUGGUCUUCAGAGACAAUUCCCUGCUCCGAGUGCCCGUGCCCAGGUCCAUCGCCUUCCCGGCUCCCCUCUACUACCCGGGCAGCAACCUGUCAGCCUUACCGCUUUAUAACCUCUACAACAAGAUCGACUAUUGAGAGGGGACCGGUCCUGCUGGCCCCCCUCCCCCCGUCACUGUACAGCCCCCCCCCCCCCCCCGACCUUUUUUCACCCGCUCGUCUGUUAUUCCUACGGGAGGAGACAUGUGCUUCUUGCAUUGUUCAGAAAUACACCAUGUGUAUUUUAUUAUUAUUAUUAUUUAUGGGAAUCCUGUCUGGGUCGGUCUCGUUUUGCUCCUUUUCUAGGUUGGCGUAGAGUGUGUGCUCUCUCCCAAUCUCUCCCCUCCCCCAUAUCUGGCCUCCAUUCUCUCCAGACAGAAGUGACUUCCUGACCCUAAGCAGGACCAGGCAAACCCCCGAAAGAUGAACUCCUGUUUAAAUAACCGCGCGAGUCUGCGUGUGCAGGUAGGAAAUUGCAAGGGCGCUCUGAACCAGUCUGCCAUUUAAAAAUAAUAAUAACCGUCUCCCUUUUUCACUAUUUUUUUUUCACCCUGAGUAUUAUAUCUGCGGGAAAUAAAAAAUUUAAAAUAAAGCAUAUUUCAGAUCUGUACAUAUUUUUAAAGAAAAUAAAGCAUUUU